UUUUCAGAGCCACAAACCGAAAUUCUGGGUGCACCAGAUCUAUACAUCAAUCGAGGCAGCACGAUCAAUCUGACGUGCGUAGUUCUCCUAAGUCCAGAGCCACCAGCCUACAUAUAUUGGAAUCAUAACGACGUCAUAAUCAGCUACGACCCGACCAGAGGUGGCGUGUCCGUGGUCACGGAAAAAGGCGACACCACCACGAGCUUCCUGUUGGUGCAGGGAGCGAAACCGUCGGACUCCGGCCGGUACACUUGUAACCCGAGUAACGCUCAACCAAAAUCGAUCACCGUUCAUGUACUCAAUGGAGAGUAUCCCGCGGCAAUGCAGCACGGCGGUCAAGCCAAGCAACCGAGGCUCUACUCUCUACUUCUCUGUCUGUGUCUGCUGCUCUACUAA